AUGGAAGCAACAUUUUUUUUAAGUGAGAGAGGCAUGUCAUUAUUGGUAAUUCAUGGCUAUACAUUCAGUUUUCAAAAAAUGGUGACCAAUAAAACAGUAAAACGAUGGCAAUGCAGUAAGCGAACAUGUAAGGCAUUUGUCAAAACCCAAGGAUCUGACGAUACAAUAGUGCAAUUAGUUUUGGAUCACAAUCAUGAAAAGUUAUCCGAUGAAGUUUUUAACAAACAUCUCGUGAGUAAUUCAGUUAAGCGUAAAGCUGUGGAGGACAUUUGUGAAAAACACUUGAAACUCAUGAGAAACGAAAUUAAAAAUUCUGCAGUCGAAACAUUAACGACAAAGGACAUUGUAAGACUGAGACAAAAUAUAUACAAUGCUAGAUCUUCUCUUCUUUUGAAAAAUCCUAAAGAGCCCCCAUUUGAGCCAUUCUCAAAAAUCUACCACUUUUUGUAUUAUUUCGGCUGA